AAUGCCGAGAUGUACAAAAGGUCGAAUGUCAAAGCGUUCGUAUAGCAACUGGCUUUUUUGUUAACACGAGUUCGAUUUGAUCAACUGGUUUAAUUAGUUAUUCUGAGCCGAAACGCAAUGGGAUGAAUUAAGAUUUAUAGAAGUUUAUAUUCAUAAUUCAGACAUUUAAUUCAAAAUGGAUUUUUUUAAAAGAAAAAAGUGGUUGCUACGGCAACGCAGACGGUCAAAAACUUAAAGAAUAGCAGAUUUCCAGUGAAGAACGGCAGUGUCAGCAUUUUAAGUGUUGCGCACGGAUUUCAUUGUUUAUUUUAAACUUAUCGUCAAAGACUCCAUUUUGAAUAUUGGUAGUUCACCUUUCCGGGAGCAGCCAUCUUUUCAACCUAGGAGUUCUUGAAAUUGUAUAAAAUUUGUGCGUCAAGAAUCAAGAUUAUGAAAAGGAAAGCAAAAAUUCGAAAGACAACCAUGUUAGUUUUCGGAUUAUACGAAGGAGAGCGGUGCUCUCUAGAUGUACCUAUAGGGACGUUAGUUGGUAAUGUGAAAAAAUUGUUUCAGGCUAAAUUUAAUAUUUACAUUGAUGAGUUGAAUAAAAAGGAUCGUAAUAUCCUGGUGCUCCAUUAUGGCGGAGCAGAUUUGGAGGAAUCAUGGUGUUUUACUGACCUCGGUAUUCCCGCGGGAUCUACUAUCAGGGUUAUCAUAAAAGAAGAAGUGAAACCCGUGUUAUUCAUCUAUUGUACUUACAACGAUGAAAAUAUCGAAAUUAUUGAUAAAGAUUUGUCUGUACCGUUACUAAAAAUUGAGGAUUUGCGCACGCUCUGUGCUAAGAAAUCUGGACUUCCGGUAUCGGUGUUCCGUCUUGUGUAUAACAAGAAAGAACUGUAUGACGACCACCAGCUCUUCGACUAUGGUGUAGAAGCAGGCCAUACGAUAAGAUUAGAGAACUGGGAUGGAUGGAAUGAAUUUAUAAAUCUUUGUAUUAUGGGAUUUACUCCCCAAGUGAUGGCUCAAAUAUCAUCGGAAGAAGUCAUAGCUCGAUUUCAAAUGAAAGUGGCAUUAUUUAUUGCGGCACAUUAUGGAAACGUAGAUCUAGCUAGGUCUCUUAUAAAGCAAGGCAUCCGUUCAGAUGAACAAAUCGGAGAACAUCCCCUCCGGCAAUGGAUGAGAAUGGAACCACAUAUCGAAACAAAGAAAGCACCGGUGCACGAAGCAACUGAAAAUAAUCAGCUUGGUGUUUUGCGAUUAAUGGUUAAUCACGAUAUUACUUGCGUCAUGGCUAAAAAUGGAAACGACCUUGCGCCACUUAAUAUCGCCUUACGUCAAAAAGUUAAACCAUGCGCCUCGUUUCUGCUAACAAGGCAAUGGUCAAAGGUUUCUGUUGGUAAAUUUGGUGCAUUAUCUGUUCAAACGUUAAGUAAAGUUAAAGAAUGGGCUACCAUUGCAAAAGAAAGAUGUUUCGCAAAGUAUGGAACAACAAGAUCAUCUUUGAAGAAAAAAUCAUUUACUAGUGGACCACUGGUCAGUUUUGGUCUACCCGUCGUCAAUGGCGUUACUGAUAGCCCAAUGACCGGAAAACCUCGAUCUGAACUCGGAAGCAUUCGGAAAAAAUCGUUUUCUGUAUUUCAAGAUGUCUAUGGAAUCAACAAGGAAGAUCCUGAACAAUACUUUAAACAGAUGUCAGCAGUUACAAACUAUAAAAAUAUGAAACUACAGAAAAAUACCAAGUGGGGCAAUAUUCUGGAUAGAACUGAUAUGGGGACACGAUUUAUCACCGGUAUUAAAUCUACUAUUGAAGAAUCAGAAGACGAGGGAUCUGCUCUACCGAAAAAGCCUGGUUCUACGUUAGGUAAAAUUAUUGGCGCCAAACAAAGGACACUAGACUCAAUAAGUUCAACCAAUGAACCUACUGGUCUUCCUGGUUCUGUUAUAAGUCGUGCAAGACGGGGUACAGUUACAAGCAUUUCGGAAGACGACUCAGAACCUACAAAGCCAUUGAAAACAGGAAUAUUAGGAAAACUCAAGGGCGUUCUUGAAGCUCCAAUUAUCGAUGAAUCAAACGAAAGAUCCAUUAGAACUCCAGCCAAGCCAGCAUUUAGAAGUAAACAACUCUUAUCCAAAGACCAGACUAUAGAGCCUACCGAAGAUACGUCUAAGAAACUGGAUCAACCUGAAAAGUCGAAACUUGAAGAUAAGGAAACUGAAAUCAAGGGAACUUUAUUGAAGCUUCCCGCAAUUAUAAAACGCAAGGAUCAACAGACAACAUCUGAUGACAAUGUGUUCACAGAUAAUACAACAGAUGUCAAAGAAAACAACCCGCCUAGCCUCAGUAUGAAAAACCCAAAGAACUUCUUUCAAACUCCAAAUAAAGGAAUUAGUAAAACAUUGUCUAAUUUAAAACUCGAUAAAACAAAAACAUCAACGAUGAUCUCUGAAGUACCAAGAUCCCCUACUCAUACCGAAAAAUCAAGUGCUACCACGCAAGAGCGGAAGUCACGUAAGCGAAAGCGACUGACGUCUGCUUUAUUAAUUUCACAAGCAAAAGCCUCCGAUGGUGCAGUUCCACUCCCCCUCAUAAGUACAGAAAACAUGAGUCGACCAUUCUUUUACUGGAACGGAUUACGAGAGGAGGAUUAUGUUCUACCUUUACUGGAUCAAGUUUCGAAACACAAAGGUGCAACUUCUAGAGACAGGGCUAUCAAAUCUUUGACAAUUGCAAAUUCGUUCAAAGAAAAACCAUGGCUUGCUCAAGUGCGCAUGGCAACAUCUUUAACAUGUCAUUCGUUACGACGUUCAAUGCUUAGUGAUAUUGAAGAUGACAAUCAAACAAUUUGAAAAUAGAUUUAAAUGCAUUUAAGUCGAAUAAUUCAUUGUAUAUCAUGAGUGUUUGCAUGAAUCCGUAUUAGUAAUGUGUCGAUGAAAGUCCUAUUAUAUUAUUCUAGAUGCAAAAGAUAUGAAUAUAUAUAUUUUUUUAAAGAAAACAUUUACUGUAAGGCCGUUAUAAAGUACUAUAUGUGUAAGGAUACAGACAGGAAUAUAUUUAUUUAUAUGUUGAGGUUAGAAAAAGGGAUAAUUAAAUUUGCAUAUAUAUAUUCGUGAUGUCUAAGCAAAAAUCCUUUCCUUCUCUCUUUGAAUAAUGGGAGAUUUGGCCUUUACAUCAUUGAGACAGAUACAUGCACCCAGCGAACGAUAACGUGCUCAGUUUACAAUAAAAUCUAAUUU